CGAUGAAGGAGAUUCUCAGCUUCAAAAUGGCGUCGAAGCUUCAGAUCCCGAAUGGAAAAUAUAAAAGCUUUUUUGGGCGUUUUUGAAGCCCUUUAGUGCGCUUGCGAGGCUUCUCCGUGCGACUUCAGAGGUUGAACUGACUGUGGAAGAGGCGUUGGGAGUGUUAAUGCCUCGAAUCGUGGGUGAAAAUGAGACUUUUCGCGGAGAGGGAACAAGCCUCCGCGAACCAGCCUUCUCUCGCUAUUUUUGUUUAUAUUUUGCAUAAUUCACGAAGUCCCAGCACGAAGGAGAAGUGCGAGAGGGAGUGGGAAGUGUGAAAUAAGAGUGAGAGCAAGAGAAGUGGGCAGGAGGACUUCAAUCUUGCAUAUUUUGGUAGCCAUACGUUGCAAGGUUCCACAGGCGGCAGAAGUGCAGAGGGCGACGUGUGUCUGUGUGUGUGUGUGUGUGUGCAGUGCUCUGUAGUGCCUUAUCGAGGAAGUGUGCCAUUGCUUCCGUCCAGCAGCAGGGAUCUCGCAAAUCCUCCCAUAAAACGCGAUAUCCAUCUAUCAUGGUGCGAGAAAGCCUGAUCUAGUGCCAGUGCUGUGAAGUGAUGCCGCGUUUACAGUACCCUGUGGUAUGAAACUAGAGUCGCUCCCGUGUGGACCAAGUGGAUUGUUGUUAUUGCCGUUAUUUUUACAUAUCUCUACGUGUGUUUGUGUGUGCGAUUUGAAUCCUUGAAAAGUGGCCUGGAAGUCUAGUGGAAUUGAACUAUGUGCCAGUGAGAGGAAAGGCAUCUGUUCAACACAACAGUACUUUGGGAGCCUUCUGUGUCUGACGGGUUAAAUUGGCCAUGGUCCACCAGUGGUAGCUCUUCAUGGCCCGAUGGCCCCUCAGAUGCCUCAUGCGGCUACCAUGAGCACCAACACAAUAGGCCGGUCAACUCGAGCAGAUUAUAAUAAGGAGGCUUUACAUCGAAUUCGAGCGUCUUUGUUACCCUAUGCUGCGGGCGGCAUCCCCCGGGAGAGUCUUAGCCCCAUCAGCCAGGGUGCUCAAUGUCAGGGGUCUUUCAAUUUGUGCACCGAGGAAGAAUUACAAAGAUCCUACAAUGGGUACCCAGCGUCCGUGGCACAGGUGGAGGGCAGCAAGAUAAUCCGCAAGUCCAGCUUUGACCGCGAGCUCAAUUUGCAACGGGGAAGUCCUGCCUUAGACAGCAGCAAUGCAAGUACACGGUCAGACAGUCCAGGCAUCGGUGGGCAGAUGCUGUACAACAACAAUAUGCCUGUUAGGCAAUAUGCGGAGGCUCCACCUCCGAGACUGGGAAGUGGGGAGCAGAUUGUUGAUGUCAACCACCCAGCUGUGUCUAGACAAUACAGCAGCUCAUACCCUGAUGCACCUCCACCUCCCCCACCCCGCAGUCAGGGGAGCAGUGCUCCUCCCCCAACUCCACCUCGGGGCACCACCCCACCUCCACCUCCUUACCCUUGUGCCACCAGCUGUGCCCCCACCAUGGUAACUACUAUGGGCCAGAGACCGAUAUUACUAUCAAGACUCUCUCCAGGUCCAAGCAAGAAUAAAUCGCAAGCUAAUUAUGUAAAUAUUAAUAAUGUGUCACAAAGCUCAACUCCUCAGAGGGGUACUAGUCCUGUCUCAUUUGGUGGACGACAGCAGCCAGUUGUGGUGCAGAAUAGUGCUCAGGUGCAACAGCAGCUUACUAACCAGAUACAGGCUUUCUCUUUAAAUAACGGAAACCAGUUAGAACGCCCGCCUCCAUAUCCAUUAGGAUCUGCCUUAAAGCAUGUAGGAGGUAUGAAACUAACAGCACCCCCACCGUCUUAUAAUGCAACAAUGCAGAAUAGGCAAAGUCCCACCCAAGAUGCAAGAAAAAGCCCUGCUCAGCUAAACUUCCAGGGCCCAAGUCCUGUUGUAACUCCACACCCUGUAUCACCAUCAUCACUAUCACCUCCUUCGUCCAUGUCUCCUGUCUCACUUCCACGUGGUGGCCAAACUUCCCGACAAGCAAAGACUCCUACACCAAUUAUCAUGCAGUCUGUCAAAAGUACCCAGGUUCAGAAACCAGUACUGCAGACAGCUGUUGCUCCAGCUUCACCUCCAGUCUCGGCUCCACCUCCUUCAUAUGCCUCUUCCAUCCAGCAGAAGCAAGCACAGGCUGCUGCUGCAGCUCAAGCUGUACCUGGGAUGGGAUUAGCACAAAUGAUGCCACAAGAGAGUGGAGGUUCAUCCUCACCAGGACUUUCGUCCUGUAAUUAUCAAUUAGCAGUAACGUGCAAUAGUGAAGUAGUGCCAACCACAGAUCCCCCCAGCUAUCAUUCAACUAUACAAGCAAUGGCAGCUGCUAGAGCUUAUAAUCCAGGAUAUAUGGCUCAGCCUGUAGCCAGCAUACCAGUUCAAGAUACUCCAGUGCAGGAACUAGAUUUGUCUUCCACUCCCUUGGCUCACAUACCAAUAACUCAAGUUAGUACGGUUGAUUCCAUCAUAACAACGCAGCCAACUAGUGCUGUAGAAACAGUCAGCAGUUGUUAUGAUCCCAACCUAGCACCGGGUCUGAGUCAUCCCCCUCUUCAAAGAAAAUUCUCUCCUGUAAUGGCAGAUACAGCCUCCAGUGCUUCUCGGUCUGAGAGUCCUGUUUCUUCUGUAAAUUCCCAUGACACUCAUGCGUUAUCUCAAUCACCUGUAUCGUGCCUUUCUACUGCCACAUCAUCUCCCUCCACCCAGUCAGAUUUAACCUUAGAAUCUGGGUAUUCCUCUGGGCAGUCUUGUCGAGGAGUGCCUCCACCACCACCUCCAACGGAGCAGAAAACUACUCAUCAGUCGCCAAUACCUGAAAGAAAGAAAUUAAGCUCUGAAAUGGAACUUCAGAGAUGCGAGUCAAAAGUUCGAAAUUUAUCUCCUCAGGCCUUUAAAUUUUACAUGGAACAGCACAUUGAAAAUGUGAUAAAAUCUUGUGAAGAAAGAGAAAAUAGAAGAAUGCAGCUUGAGAAAGAAAUGAAAAAAAUUGGACUGUCGGACAAGGAUCAAUCCCAAAUGCGUAAAAUGCUUUCUCAAAAGGAAUCAAACUUCAUAAGGUUAAAGAGAGCAAAAAUGGACAAACAACUUUUCCGCAAAAUAAAAACCAUAGGUGUUGGUGCAUUUGGUGAGGUCGCCCUUGUCUGCAAGCUUGAUACACACCGGCUCUAUGCAAUGAAGACCUUGCGCAAAGCUGAUGUCUUGAAGAGGAAUCAAGUGGCUCAUGUGAAAGCAGAGAGAGACAUUUUAGCAGAAGCUGACAACGAGUGGGUUGUCAAACUCUAUUAUUCAUUUCAAGAUAAAGACAACCUUUACUUUGUUAUGGACUACAUCCCUGGUGGUGACCUCAUGUCUCUCCUCAUCAAAUUUGGAAUCUUUAAAGAGCAGUUGGCAAGAUUCUACAUAGGGGAACUGGUUUGUGCAAUUGAGAGCGUGCACAAGAUGGGUUUUAUUCAUCGUGAUAUCAAGCCAGAUAACAUUCUUAUCGAUCGUGAUGGCCACAUUAAACUCACUGAUUUUGGUCUGUGCACUGGCUUUAGGUGGACACACAAUUCCAAAUAUUAUCAGCGAGUUGGUGACCACAACAGACAAGACUCCAUAGAUCCAUGUGGUGACAACGAUAUUGUGUGCCGAUGCAAUGACCUUAAACCCUUGGAGAGAAGACGCAGAAGACAGCAUCUUCGCUGUCUAGCCCAUUCACUCGUAGGAACCCCAAAUUACAUAGCACCAGAGGUGCUAUCCCGUACAGGUUACACACAGCUCUGCGAUUGGUGGAGUGUCGGAGUAAUUCUGUACGAGAUGUUAGUAGGGCAGCCACCAUUCCUUGCCAGUACACCACCAGAAACACAGUAUAAGGUCAUAAACUGGGAGACAACCCUGAGAAUCCCCAAACAAGCCAAAUUGUCACCAGAAGCCAAGGACUUGAUCCUGAGCCUGUGCACCCACCCUGAACAAAGACUAGGACGCAAUGGUGCUCAGGAGGUAAAGGCGCAUCCCUUCUUCAAGGAGCUGGACUUCGAAGGCGGCCUGAGAAAGCAGCAAGCACUCUACACUCCCACUAUAAAACACCCCACAGACACCUCCAAUUUCGAUCCCAUCGAUCCAGACAAGCUCCGACCUAGCGAACCCAACGAGAGUGACCUGGAGUGGGUCAACAAUAGCAAUCAACCACUACAUGCAUUCUUCGAGUUUACCUUCAGAAGAUUUUUUGACAGUACUCCCGGAGGAUCUGGUAACGAUGAGAAGGACAGUCAACAUCCAGUCUAUGUAUGAUUGGGUCCAAUGUGGCAGCUCUAGAUGUGAUGAAAUCAGGAAAUAUGAUAUAUUUUUAGAUAUCUACUUUUAUAAUUGAGAAAAAAAAUAUUUUAACAUGUCAGGGAUCUAAAUUACUGAUCACAUGAAUAAUAUGGUAGUGGCAGACUGUGGUAGCAGCCACUGUCACAUUAGGUUGAGUUGCCCUAUGAAGGGAAUUCUUGCUAGACAGAAGUGUAACAGUGACUUACCUCAGCCUACCACCAAAUUGAACAUAUUUAGGUACAGGUGGCAGAAAGGAGUAGCAAUCUCGUGUUGUUAAGCCCAGUGAUGGGAAAAGCAAGCUGUGAUUUUGUAUAUUUUUGAGUGUUAGAUAUGGUGAUAUAGUUGAAAAGCAGGGUAUGUAUGAUAUGGGACUCCAUGAACCAAAGAGACAAUAAACAGAUUGAAUUUCAGCUAAUAGGGACACAUUCCCAAUAUCUUCCCAGAAUGCUUUUAAUUAAUAGUGAGUAAUUUGGUGCCUUCUGUAGUGUUUUAUUGCUUAAUAUAUUGGUAAAUCAUAUGAUGCUUAUAUCAGGGUGGAAAGUCACCCUUAUUCUUCUUCUUAUUGUGAACAAUAUGAAGCAAAGAGUUUGGAUGUGCCUAUUGUUUCUUUGUCAAGGUAUUGCUCUCACUUGUCUUGAUUACUACAAGACCAAAGUCACAAAGUCCCAAUUAGCAAAUGUUUAAUUUGUUUUAUAAUGUAAUACACUUUUACAGUGAAAUGUGAAAUACUCGUAUGUUUGUCAUAGACAACUGUAAAUAUAUUUUUUUAUUGUAUGAUAAGGUCUUGAGUGGAUGAACUUUGUUUUUCAUCUAAACAGAAUGAGCGUGAGGGCCCUUGGAAUAUGUCGAAUUAAGGAAUCCCUUUUCUCCCUAUAGCAACCUUGUGUCUUCCCAUCUGGGAUAGGGUCUUUCCUCAAGUGUCUUCGAGUAUCUAAUGGUAGUUCUUCUACCAGUAUAUUUGUAAAUUGUGUAUAGCCUGAUCUUAUAUGUUGUAAAUGGCUGUAUUGUUUUAUGUAAAUAAUUGCAGAGAAAACAAAA